AUGAAUUAUGAGCGAUAUAACCUUGAAAAUGAUAGACCAACAGAAGAUCUGGAUAAUAAUUGGUCAUGGAAAGAAAAAGGAAAUGAGCAAUAUAAAAUAUGUAACGCUCCAGAUAGUAGCCUGCCUGAACUUUCACCCGAUAAUAUAACACCAUUAAACCAGAAAAAUCUUGGAAGUAUUACAGAAAAUCUUUUAUCAGAUCAGAACUCGGAAUUAAAUAAGGCAAUUGAUACAUUUGUUGAGAAAGAAGUAGAUAAGGAUGUGAAUACGUUUCAUGGGAAAAAGCAAGGUGAUUAUGUAGAAUUGGAAGAUGGAACUACUUUUUUAGUCGGUUGA